AUGCCCUCGUUUAUCUCUGUGGGCUCAGUGUAAAUCUGUUAAGAGAGAGGGGCCGUGAUUUAAUGUGACACAAAGGACAAGUCGAGGUGAGGCAGAGCUGUUCACAAAACCACCAACAUCUCGUGAAGUCGUUCUUGCUUUACUAUCAGUGUGCUGUGCUUUCACCGUUAUUUCGUUGAAUGUGCGUGUACGUUUAACAGCUUAAACGAUACCUCUCUUGCUUUUACAUAACACAUGUACCUUAUUGUUUCAAAUUCUCUUGAUGGUAUUGUAGCUCGGUAGAUUUCGUAACUUAAAUCCAGGAGGAGAAAGUGACGCCGGUGCGGGACAGCGCCUGCUUCAUCACGCGAGAGCACAGCAGCCUCACUGCAGCGGCGGGACAGGUGCAUGCACGCGCAAUCAAUAACACACACCGAAGUAACUGAGCCUGGAGUGUGGAUAUACAUACUGUACAAUGACAGACGUGUGUUCGCUGGAACUGUGUUUGAGAGGGGGGCACUAAUAUCAUCGGUGUUUUCUUCCUGAGGUGUGCAGUCAUGGUUCUUAAAGGGUUGAUCGUGUUGAUGCUGUUGCUUCAGUUCUCUGCAGAAAGCACAGCAGACGGAGUCAAACCCAAGAAAGGGAAAAAGGGCAAACAAGUCAUCUGUCCCUCUCAGUUAUCAGCAGAGGACUUGGACAGAGUCGACGGAAACUCGACCAGCAACAUACUGAACCGCCUGCUGAUGACCUAUGAUUCACGAAUACGACCAAACUUCAAAGGUAUCCCAGUGGAGGAUAAGGUGAACAUCUUCAUCAACAGCUUUGGGUCGAUUCAAGAGACGACAAUGGAUUACCGUAUAAAUAUAUUCCUGCGUCAGCGCUGGAAUGACCCACGGCUGCGGUUGCCAGCUGAUUUUAAGUCGGACGCAUUAACCGUUGAUCCAAAAAUGUUCCAGUGCCUGUGGAAGCCAGAUCUGUUUUUCGCCAAUGAAAAAAAUGCUAAUUUUCACGACGUCACACAGGAUAACAUACUCCUGUUCAUCUUCCGCAAUGGAGACGUCCUCAUCAGCAUGAGGUUGUCUGUCACUUUAUCUUGUCCUUUGGAUCUACAACUCUUUCCUAUGGACACCCAGCUCUGCAAGAUCCAGUUAGAAAGUUUUGGCUACACCACAAAGGACCUGGUGUUUAUGUGGCAGUCGGGAGACCCUGUUCAGAUGGAUGAGAUUGCUUUGCCACAGUUUGAUGUAAAGCAAGAAGACAUCAAGUAUGGAAAUUGCACAAAGUUUUACUCAGGAACAGGUUAUUAUACUUGUGUAGAGGUCAUCUUUACACUGAGGAGGCAGGUGGGCUUUUACCUGAUGGGGGUUUAUGCUCCCACCCUACUCAUUGUCGUCCUAUCAUGGCUGUCCUUCUGGAUCAACCCAGACGCCAGUGCAGCCCGAGUCCCAUUAGGUAUUCUGUCUGUUCUGUCACUCUCGUCUGAGUGUACGUCUCUUGCAUCUGAACUUCCUAAGGUCUCCUAUGUGAAAGCCAUUGAUAUCUGGAUGAUUGCCUGUUUGCUGUAUGGUUUUGGCUCUCUUGUGGAAUACGCUGUGGUUCAGGUGAUGUUGAACAGUCCGAAGGGCAUUGCAGAAGAAAAAAUAAAGAUGGCUGAGAAAGAGAAAGCUAGAAUAGAAAGAGAGAGCAAGAUACCAGCCAAAACUAACAGUGCCAAUGGUACUGGUGGGACACCUAUACACGUCAGCACACUACAGGUUGUGGAAAACCGCAGUAAGAAGGUGUGCACUUCUAAAUCAGAUCUGCGCUCAAAUGAUUUCAGUAUUGUCGGUUCUCUCCCGCGAGAUUUCGAACUCUCAAACUUCGACUGUUACGGCAAGCCCAUAGAGGUCACAGAUGGCUCCGGAAAAUCACAGAACAAGAACAACAAGAAGCCUUCACCUCCGAAACCCGUCAUUCCUUCCGCUGCUAAACGGGUUGAUCUCUAUGCACGCGCUCUGUUCCCUUUCACUUUCCUCUUCUUCAAUGUUAUUUACUGGUCUGUCUACCUGUAACCAUCACAAAGUGUGUGUGCGUGUGCAUUUAUGUUGAUGAGGGCGAUGAUUAAGCAUGAACAAAAUGUCGAAAUGUUCAUCCUUUGAUGUCGGUUAAUAGUCCUGCUUAUUUGUGUCUCUCCUCGUAAGUCGCUUUUUGAGAUGUGUGUCUUUAAUACGAGCAGCAUGACUUUACAGACAGUGUGUGUUCAGCCAUGUUUGGCUAAGCUGCUAGAUAGAGUCCCAUGCCAACACUUCAGUAAAUAUCGGUUGUUUAGAAACUCAGGCAAGAAUGUGCUUAUGGAAUAAAGGACUGUAUAAGAUCUGGACAAAGACAGCAUGCAGUUUUGCAAAUGGGCUUAUUGCAUUUAAGUCUGUGAUGAAAAGGGAUUAAACUGCUGUUGAGCCAUACAAUAAAGGUCCUUUAUCAACUGCAUUCUCUUGUCUAUAUUAUUUUGGAUAAUCAUAUGUUUGCAUUAUUGACAUUCUGUUCAGGGAUUGGUUAGAAACUUCUCAUAUUAAUUUAGCAACUUAAAACAACAUUAAUUCAAACUUUUUUGAAGAUCAUUUCAGUCAAAAUCUAAUACUGUACUGUAUAUGUGCUUUAAUAAAAUGCUCUACAUAAAUCGUAACCAACUGCAAUCAUCUUGUAAUAUUUCCAUACUGAAUUACAACUGGUUGUCCUCUUUCAUACAUCUAUUUGCAUUCUAAAUUAAUCACUCCUGUCUUGCAUUUAGCCAUUUUUAGCUGCCUUUACACUGCGCUGAAUCUUGUGUGCAGCCGCCUGAAAACAAGACACAUGAUCACUGUCAUGACAACGGCUCUGCAGCAUUUUAUUUUAUGCAGAAAGACUAGAUUAUAUAAAAUUGUACAUUAUUACUGCCUAGCAAGCGCUGGUAUUUCCUUUAGGAGAUGUAUAGAUGAAUACUAAAUGAAUACAUACUCUUUGUGUUUGAAGGACUGGGCUUCAUCUGUGGACAGAUUACAUUCAGCAUUAUUUAUUAUUUUCAUUGUUCCUUUGUCUGGCUUUGUUAAUCUAAUCGUGUAAAAAGUUUGUGUUUCUGUUUAAGUUUAGUUCAUGUCAAAGUCUUCGUUUAUUGUACGUUUUGUCUACGUUUAUGUUAAUAAACUGCACAUGGGUUC